UUUUACUUUCGUGACUCUCUCUAUGUGACACUGUCUAACACGGUGUCAACAACCCCAUUGUGUCUGAAUACUGAUUCAAACUCACCACAAUCCCGAGGCCGUAUUCUCCGUCUUACUCCGCAUCCGGGGAUUCCCAGCCUCUCCUCUCGUCCGCCGGUGUUUUGUUGUCUUCCCGCCGGGAAUCAUGCUGCCUCUUAAAUUCAUCCCUUCUCUCGGCCUGUUGCCCUUGAUGUCCUCGUUCUUUCUUUGUUCUCAUUGACCUGCACGAGGUCUCCCCUUCUCCCACUCUUACCCCGCAUUCUUCUUCCCUGCUCCAUAGUUACGACCUACUCUUUAAUCUUUAUACUCCGUACCCACGUAAGCAAUACCACGAUGGCCGCCAAAAACAACGUCGUCAUCCUGGGUGCCGGGGUCUCCGGACUCACCACGGCCUAUCUCUUAUCCAAGGAUGACUCCAAUUCCAUCACCGUGGUCGCCAAGCACAUGCCCGGCGACUAUGACAUCGAAUACUGCUCUCCGUGGGCGGGCGCCAAUUACCUUCCGGUUGGGGUCCCCGGAAGCGCCCAUGCCCGAUGGGAGCGAGAGACCUGGCCGGCCUUGAAAGAUUUGGCGGAGAACCAUUUGGACGCGGGGGUCCAUUUCCAAGAGGCGAUCGUAAACAAUCGUGAAAAGGACAGCCAACCCCCGACCGGAACGUGGUUCGCCGAGCUGACGGAGAAAGACCCCUGGUAUAAGGAUGUCGUUCCCAACUUCCGGAACGUCCCCGACGAUCAACUUCCCCCUGGUGCCGACAAUGCAUCUAGAUUCACCUCCGUGUGCAUCAACACGGCGGUCUACCUCCCCUGGCUGGUGGGCCAAUGUCGCAAAAACGGCGCGAUCUUCAAGCGCGGCGUAUUUAAACACGUCACCGAGGCCGCAGACGCCCACCACAGCGGCAAGAAAGCCGACCUGGUGAUCAACUGCACAGGGCUCUCGUCCAAAAAGCUGGGCGGCGUUAAUGAUGACAAGCUGCACCCUGGCCGAGGUCAGAUCGUCGUCGUGCGGAACGACCCCGGCGCCAUGGUCUCGAUCUCCGGCACCGACGAUGCGCCAGAUGAGCUCGUCUACAUGAUGACUCGGGCGGCAGGCGGCGGCACCGUCAUCGGCGGUUCCUACCAGAAAGACCAGUGGGAUCCGCUGCCCGACCCGAACCUGGCGGUGCGCAUCAUGCAACGCGCUAUUGCGCUGCGGCCAGAUCUAGUACGCGAGGGCCAGGGCAUUGAGGGAUUAGACAUCAUCCGGCACGGGGUCGGUUUGCGGCCGUUGCGGGAUGGUGGACCGCGUAUAGAAAUCGACAAGGUCGACGGGGUGGCCGUGGUGCAUAACUACGGCCACGGAGGAUUUGGAUACCAGGCUUCGUACGGAUGUGCCGCGGAAGCAGUGAAGCUCGCCAACGAGGUGCUCUCGCAGCGGAGAGACCGCGCCAAGCUGUAAGCUUGAGUCGUACGAGUAGUAUAUACAUACGUACACCAUAGAUACGCCAGACACGACCUAGACAAGACUGAAUGAACAUCAACAUGACAUUGAA